GUCGUAGAGCGCCCCCCACUCGACGCGUCCGAAUUUUCUGCAUUCGUUCGGCGCGAAGAGUUUUCGGCGGUCGCGCGGUCGCAUUCGCGAGCUCGGCUCUCAGCGGCAACCACGGUGGCGCGGGCGCGCGCGGCAAUAUGCGGAAGUGAAUACACGGUGCCCAACUAAAGUGCUAAGCCACAGUGAUACGAACCAGUGAACAAAACAAAACUCUGCAGUGAUACGUACUAUGAGUGCACGGCUCUAUUGAGCUCUAAUGGUUUUCUAUUAACGAUUCAAGGACUCUGGAAUUUGAAAAUAUGGAUGCGAGGGAAGGUAACCGAGGCGGCCCGGGCAUGGACUCUCAGCAGCAGCAGUACUGCCUCAAAUGGAACAGCUUCGGUUCAAACUUGGCCACGUCGUUCGCGAACCUCUGGAACUCGGAGAGUCUCGCCGACGUCACACUAUACUGCGAAGGCCGCCAGUUCAAAGCUCACAAAGUAAUCCUAGCGGCGUGCAGCAAGCAUUUCCAAGAGCUCUUCGACACCGCUCCGCCCAGCCAUGCGGGGGCCUGCUACGUCAUCCUCGAGGCCACGACGGCCGACAAUAUGCAAGCGCUGCUCGAGUUCAUGUACAAGGGCGAAGUCCACGUCAGUCAGGACGCGCUCUCCAGCUUUCUUAAAAGUGGGGAGAACUUACAGGUCAAAGGCCUCUCAAUGGAGAUGUCACAAGACGCAUGGGUGAAACAGCAGACGGCGCAAUCGUCAGACCGCCACCAGGCCCGCAUAAAGACGAGUCCAGUGUCCAACACGGGCAACUGCGAGAGUGGGGAGGCGCAGCAGUCGCACACGUCGUUCGCGCCGAUCAUCCCGGGCUACGGGCUGCCGAUCCACGGCGGCGGCGCGGGGAUGGGCCGCUACGCGCCGCCCGCGCACGUGCCGCUGCACCCCACGCCGCAUCGGAGACCCGCGCCGCCUAAAGCAUCGCCGUCUCAGAGUCCACAUGCUAGGAAUUAUAGACAAAGUUCAUCAUCGUCGCACUGCGGCAGCGUAGCAGAGGAACCUGACACACGCUCAUCGCCUAGUGCGGGAGCGCGAUACGACGAACCACCGGACUGCGCACAGAUUAACAACAUUAAAAACAAUGGAUAUGAGCGGACUGACGAGCUUAUGGAACGGCGGGACGCUGAUCAGGGGGCUGAAGAUUUACGGGUUAAAAACGAGAACGAUUACCACACGAGCGGCUACAACAACGCGUCGCCACCCGCCGCCACUAUGCCGCCCAACUACCACGACAAGCCGCUACCCACGUCCCCUGUUCCCAAGCCCACCACCGACAUGACGUGGCCUACGAAGAUGAUCACAAGCAAGUCUGGCGGCAUCGCCACUCCUGACGGCAAGAAGCUAAAGUGUCCGUACUGCGAGCGGCUGUACGGGUACGAGACGAACCUGCGCGCGCACAUCCGGCAGCGGCACCAGGGCAUCCGCGUGCCGUGCCCGCACUGCUCGCGCACGUUCACGCGCAACAACACCGUGCGCCGCCACAUCGCGCGCGAGCACCGCCACGCGGCCGGGCUCCACGUCACCGGCGCCGCUGGCCCGCUGCCCAACCACGCCCAGUAGGGCUCCCGUAUACCUCGUCGAAGCAUAUUAUUGUAACCGGUAAUCUACCUCAAAAAUUGAUCUUAAGGUUAAUUUUAAUCGUGCGAUAAUUGUUACUUAAUCCCCUCGCGGACGACGUUACCUCCCCGGCCCCCGGGCCCUAGAUGUUGAGACUGACGGUCAUAGGCUAAGUGUAUGUAAAUAAUAGGAGAAUAUUGUGUGCGCCUUGGCCCAGGUCGAGACACGCGUUCGGGUCGAUGCGGCAAAUCUCUACUUUACUUUCUACACUUUUACGGAGCAUUUUUAUACAGAGUUACCGAUAGAUAAUAUUUUUAGGGACGGGUUAGGUUUCCGCGACGCAUCUGUGAUACGAUAAUAGAAGGGCAUUUAUUUUUCGCUUCCGGUUUUGCCGCGUCGUCCCGCCCGAGAGUUGUAGAGCUGUAGAUUUUUAGCAGUUUUGUACUGUACAGUGACUCGAACGGUUUUAGUUUUGUACGAAGUACGAUUUGCCGAUAGGAACGUAAGUAGUUAGGUAAAAAAAUAAAUGGUGUUUUAAAGAUAAUGCACGCGAGAUUCGAUGCGUGAAUGCGUUUACGGCCCAUAGUAUCUGUCGUUCUCUCGAUCCGAGCGGGUUGCCUUGUAACAAUCCUUCAGCCGACCUACUCCGCGACGAUUGCGCCUAAUUUGAUUGUUUACGAUGGAAAGAGUCCGUUUAUAACGAUUAAAUUACGUCAACUUGUAUCGAAUUUGAUGAUAAGAAUUUAAAUGUGUUUUUAUUACUUUGACGCGUAAGAAUAUUAGAUAACAGUAGCGUUGUUACAUCGCCGCCGCCGGCUCGCUGCACGGAUGUUACUAUUGAGACCAAAAUAAUUAUAUGUUUCAAGGGGAUGGUAUCGAUUUUAACAUUCCGUUUUGAUGUUUUUUUUCUUUUGUUGUAGUGCAUUUAGGUGAAGGCCACUUACAUACCUUUAAUAUUCCUAGUCAUUUCAGUGCAACCACUUGAGGUUUAUUAUUUAAUGAUAAUUUAGGGGCGGGUCGCGGGUCAUUGUAUUAUAUGUUGUGUGGAUCCGCGGCCCGCUCUUUACUUGAGAAGUAACUUUCCUCUGCAAUACAUGCUCUUUAGUUUUCGUAACUCAGAUGGGACAGUGCCAAAUAUCAUCACUUUAAGUUCACAUCAAUUUAUUUAUUUUAUAUUAUUCUUUUAUUUUGUUAAGUGUGGGUGCGGCGACUGUGUGUUAUAUUCCUGAUAUUUAGGAAUACGCCGCAUUCAUAUUUAUUAUAUUUAUAUUUAGGGUACACUAUUAAAUAUUUAUGAAGAGACAACGCCUUCGGAAGGCUCAGUGAUUUUAUUUUAGUGAUUCUAGUUUCUGUUAGGUUACCAUGGGAAGACAGCGUUUUAGUUCUCUUUUAAUGGUUUCGGGAUAUUAUUGUUUUCAAGAAGUAGUUAAGUUCAGAGUCUAGGGCCGGAUCCGUCCGCGUGCGAAACCAUUAAUAAUGUUCGCGUUACGACUAUUACUUUAUUGUGACUGAAUCAAACGUAAAUAGUCGUAGAAUCCAUCGGUUAUAAUGUCAUUUUACUAAUUUGACGUACAAUGAUUAUGAAUAGAACCAAAUUGCAUGACGACACGGUAUGAUUUGGCCCAAUUGUUCAUCUCCGUUUUGAUAUUUUAGUAGUUACCAAUAUAUAGAAUUAUGAAAGAGUACAAUUCAAAAACAGGUCUCUAUUUUCUAUACAAGUAUUGACGUUUGUCCAGUUUCUCUGUUAUCUUCGAUAAGUAACUCUGUUUUGAUUUCAAAGGUUGAAUUGGUUUUGGAAAGGUAUUUUAUCGUGGCAAGAGAUCGCAGGCCGACUGUCCUGUCUCCCGACAAUACAAAGUAUAUUAUAAUAACGUUUAUAAUAAUUAUCGCACAGAAUAUUUUGUCUACUUAUUGUAUUUGUCUGAGAUCUCUUCGUGGGUAGGGUAGGGUUUCAAGUUGUUUUGGUUGGCAUCGUUUCAAAAAUAAUCGUCAUUUUGAUCGUUUCUCCAGCGGUCGUUUUGAGUUAAUGAAUAAUGAAAUUUUCAUUGAUUUUGUGGCAUUAUUUCGAUUUUAAUGUUAAGACAGAAAUAUUUUGCUAUUUCGCUUAUAAAUUGUUAACAUUACGUUUUUAUUUUGUAAAGUGAUUUCGAGAAAAUUAAGGAAAUAUUAUAGUUAUAUUUUUGUCUUUUCGUUUUUCUUAUGAAUUCAAAAUUCAUAGUUGUGAUUAUAUUUUCUUUUCGACAUUUAAUGUUUUUGUGAUACAUAAAGAGAGCUGCAUAAAUGCAUCACGUUUUUAAGCUUUUGUCGUUUCUUAUAAGUUGAAUGAUGGGUUUAGUCGUAAGGGCACGAGCGACACUCGAGGUUGGUCGAAAUCAUUAUUGGAUUUACUUCUUUCUUAAAAAAAACUAAGGUACAAAUUUUAGAUUACAAAUCGAACGUCAAUUUUAUUAAUAAUCGUUUAUUUCUAGAAUUAUUGGAUGUUUUCUUCGAAGUACAAUAUUCAGUAUACUUGGGAUAAUGGAUCGUCUAAAUUAAGUUGAAUUGUUAAAGCUAUUAGGGGACAGGUUACUAGAGGGUCCCUGUAUAGUUAUAAUGUUGUAUUUGAUGUGAUAGGUGAAUUCACAUUUAGUCGGUGUCUGCAAUCCCUACACUAAGACUUGGCCGAACUCCCCAGAAUGGCUGUAACUCUGUAAAGAUGGCUGCGGUGCGGUGAACAGUACUGUAGCUCGCUCCGACCGAGGCAUGUAGCCGACAUCGGCGGAGCGAGCUCGGUAUCAGAGAAUGAAUACAAAAUUAAUACAAAUUGCUUUCGACUUACUCAGGGACGAUUUAUGUAACACUUUCCAGCCAUACCCUAGAAAUACUAUAAUAACGGAUUGGCUUGAAAGUGUGUAGCUAAGAAUUAGUUAUGACAUCUAAACAAAGUCGUCCCUGAUUAGUUUGCCAUUUCAUUAUUUUAGGAAAUUCGAAAUUUAAGGAAUAUGUUACCAUUUUGUUUGGAAUAGUGAUUUGGAGGCAGCAGUGAGAGGAAGUUCAAACAGUUUUUAUAGACUAUGAAAGUUGUAGGUACCAGUCUACAAAUGUUAGCAAUAAAAUUAUUUGAACUUUGUCUACCUGUGGUCUCCUUACGUUGUUGGAGCCUGAUUGUUUUGCUGGUACAAAACUGCCUUUGCAUUUUAUUUGCUUAUCUAACGGCUCCACUUUGAGUUCUAUACGAUAAGUUUACGUUUAGUUUAAGUUUUUAAUGUUAAAUCGCGAUAUGUCGUGAUGGUAAAGCCAAAGAUUGUUACGGGUAUGGUGACCCUCUGCCGUCACACUGGCUGUACAGUGACCACACAUUCAACAGUCUUUAAAAAAAGACAAAUUUGAAUAAAGAACAUUUUGAAAAGUCGAACGUGUCCCACUGUACAGCCACUCUAGCUCAUAAGUUAAUCUACCUCGAGAAAUAUAACAUAGUAAUAAAUAAGCUUAUAAAUAGAUUUUUAUAUGCAAACGAUAUAAAUUUAGUGUGUAAGCGUGUUGCGAAAAUAAAAAAAAAGUACAAACUAUGCUACCUCAGGAUUCAACACUUUAACGACUUGAAAUUCUAUAAACAUCUCCAGAUGUAUUUAAGAGUAUUUACAAACUUAAGAUUUCUAUACUCAUCGCGAGACGAUUUAAUACUUAAAUAAUUAUGGACUGAACGUUAGUGGAACAAAUAUUGUUAAAGCUGUUGUAAGUAAUGCUCAUAUGCGUUCAGAUCCGAGGCUAGCACAGACGUGAAUCUCGGUGCCCGGCGCGUGGGCCCGCGGCGCGGGUCGGUCAUGUGUGGUCCCGCCGCGCGGGUCCUCCGUGAGUGGUCCCGCCACGCAGGUCGCGCGGCUCCGGGCCGCUGAGGUGUCGCUCCUAACCCUAGGCUAAGUUGUUAAUUAGGCUAGUUGUAAUCUCAUAGACACUAUUCUACCUCAUUUCCUAAGCGGAAGCUUGUCGGGGAGUCGGCCCAGUCGCAGUACUCGUAAUCUAAUUGUACCUUCCUUCACUCUCCGGAGUAUAAAACAUUUUUAUUCGUAAUUUUUAUUAUUAUUACUUUUUCCCCAGUUAAUUUUUGUGUUACAUAGAUGUUACUAUGUUUUAAGGAGAUGAAAAAUGAAAAAUUAUUGUUUGUUAGGUUUCAGCGAAUUAAAAAAAUUGUAACAAAAUUAUUUUUUGUUUGUUAUUUUUGUUCCCUUUUUUCUCCCUUCCGUUUUUUAUUUGUUUUGAUUUCUCUUUAACAAGUUACACCCGUCCAUCGUGUUUAGUAUUUAUUGUAAUAAAUUAAGUACAUUAUUUAAGGAAUUGACGUUUAAGUAAUAUUCAUAAAAUAGUUGCACUUAACUGGACAGGAAUUAUUUAAGUAAUCAUUCGAUGUUUUUAUAUUUUAAGGGUGCACUUACAUUGAAUCCAUCUCGGGCGUAUCUCGGGGAUUCACCUCUACGAAUUUUAUAAUGAAGAAAUAUUAAUGUUCUGUCGCAUUUAAUGUAAGUAUUAAAUUAAAAUGUUAAUGUUAUAACAAUCACUUUCGGAUUCACUAGAGUAAUUCACGAGACACGAACCUGACAAUAGAGUUAAGGACGGCUCACGCCAUACAUUGCAUCGGUGUUAACUAAUCGUAUUUAAGGUGACUAUAAACAAUCUGUACCAACAAGAAUAUUAUUAUAUUGAUGUUUUAUAAUAGCUAGCUCAGCCAGCAUGUGGCACGAAUUAUACCUAAAGUCAUCAAAGACUGUAAAUACAGCAUUACUCUAGUUCACGUUAACCGUAAGUUCGGGUGGGCUAAGUCUCGGUGUCUUUACUAUGUUCUCGGUGUCAACUAAUUUUGUGUAAGUGUGGGCUAUCUACACAUAAAGCGGAAAAGGGCAAAAACAACGAGCAAUCUUUGUACGACAACUAAAGUACAAAUUUUCAAGUCUUAAAAGUUAAUGCCAGUACAAAUUAUGGUAUCGGAUUUUAUGUAAAUGUUGCCAAAAUUGUAUUUUUUCGGCAGAUAAAUUAUAAUUUUAGUGUAAGUGAGGAGAGUACAAAAUGGUUCGUGUUUAUUCAGGUCAGUGCGGAUUCCGUGAGGGCUAGCUGCGGUUCCUAUUUCGUUUCGUUGUUCUGAUGAGUUGGUAGGACGGGUAGUCGAGCGGUAGUAGGUACGACGCAAGGAGUUAGGAUCGAAUAAGGUAUGUACAUUUUGUAAACCAGCAUGGUUAUAAAACUAAGUAGGGUUUUGUAUCUUAGCAAGUUAAUGCUUAGUAAAAAUGCGGUCAUCGGUGGUCUAUGUCUGUAAAAGGGAAAGUGAUUGUCUGUGAUUUUUAUGCGACUUUUUUAUAUAAAGGAAAAAAUAUUCCUUAACAGUAAGAAUAGCACUACUUGUGAUUUUACAUUAGGUAUUUAUUAGUUGACUUCUUUUUUUGUACUAUACGAUAGGAACGUAGCUGUGGUGUAGUGAAGCGGGUUGGAUGUGCAUAACAUAUGUAUAGCUGUCUAAAUAAGUAUUUACGAGCUAGUAUGGAAUCGGUUGAUGUUUGGCAAAUGGUUUGACCACACGCGUUGAGUAUUUUGUUCGAAUCGCGUGUACUUCUGACAACGUUUUAUUCGAAAAUGUAGACAAAAAGCACCAAUGUAAGGAUAAAUAUGAGAUCUAAGUACACAUUUCUAAACGCAUAAGAGGGUGAAGUCAAGCACAAGGAAAAAUUGCUGACAAGCACUCAUCAGUUCAUAUACACCGUGUUUUUAUUGAAUUGCGUUAACUUCGGCAUAUAACUUUGGUCCAUUAUAGGAAACAGAAUGGCAUAGUUAGUUUUCUUAAAUUUGUAUUUUUUUCUAAAAAGCCAUACACCUUGAUGUAACAUCUAUCACAGGUGUAAUGGAAUUUCUCAGAAAAAAGUAACGAAUUAAAAAAAAAACUAACUAUGUUUUUUCUAUAAUGGACCUAACUAGGUGUAUGUCGAAUUUAACGGAAUUCAAUAAACACACGGUGUAGACAAUAGGGUGCUUGGUACUUAUUUUUAUGCAAAAAUAUUGGCAGAAGUACACGCGGUCCCACUUUCAAAUUAGCGAAAUGAUUUAUUGAAUACUAAAUGUACCUAUGUGUAAUUAUUUAAAUGGUUCUAGGGAAUUUUUUAGUAACAAUAAUUUGGCGGAUUCCGUUGUGUUACGUUAGUUUGGACGUCGGUGUUAUGUUUGCUUCGUUCGGAUACACGUUUUGGGUAUAAAUAGUCCAUAAAUGUCCAUUCUGCUUGACUGAAUCCUUCGUCCUGUGGGCGUAUCUCAUUAUAAUAUAUCGGUGUUACAUGUAUGUAAGCGUGUAUUCGAACAUUAAGCUAAGUACAGGCCAGUUCAGAUGGGAUGAUUAGAGCCACCGAUUUGAUUAAAACAGAUCUUUUCACUAGAUCUAUAUUUGAGCUCACUAAAUAAAAUAUUACCCUCAAGAAUUGGCACUCUUGCGUCCGCAUCUCAAUUUUAUCAGCUAUAUUGGUCAUAAUCGGCGGUCAAAAUAUGCGAGCCAAUUUCAUUUACUUAAUCAGAAAACUUCUCAAAAUCACAUUGGCGAAAAGUUGUCCCGUCUGGGCUGGCUUUAAAUGUGACCUGUGGAGUAUACAGGUACAUAAAUAAUAUUUGUCCACAAACAUUGCGGUAACGCAAGGCCUCGGCCGCCACAUCACGAACCUACAACCUGAUUUAGAUAAUAGUUAUUACAUGGAAGAAAUUUGAUCCACUGUGGAAUUCUUAAUAAAAAAUUGUUGCUAAAAUA